AUGUCCUCUGCACCUAUCAUGCCCAACGAGGCAUCUGCUACCGUGUUCUCCAAUGCUCCCCUCGCAAGCAACAUAAUGGAGGGUUAUUCACAGGAGCUCUUUGCGUAUCUCACGAACGACACCUACGGCCCUACUUCUCCCGACAUUUUCGGCAUUGCCAACGUCGAUAGAUUGAUCGACCGCGUGGAUCACCUUUGCCGCAUCUGGGCAGUGCAGUACCUCAACUUGAUCCGCCGUCCCGCCAACCUCACCCCACCAACUAACACAAACACCAACCCAGACGCCAUGCAUUUCAGGACCGACGAGUACUAUGGCACCAUCACCAAUGGCACUCGAAUGCGGCUGGUCCAAAAUGAAGUAUCCACCCGCAUAUUGCAAGGUCUCCUGCUCACCAUGGCACUCUGCGUAGUGGUAUCAUGCAUCUUCGAGCCACACACCAAGAUCCUCCCGAAGGACCCAGGCAGCAUCGCGUCGAAGAUGAGCUUGUUCGCGGACGGCGAGGUGUGGAAGAACAUCUCAGAAGGCGCGGAGAAGUGGAGCGACGAGGAGAUUAAGCAGAGGGGGUUGUUGCAGGGCGUGGUGUUGAAGAUGGGAUGGUGGGGAGGGGAGGGAGAGGGGGAAGAGGAGGAGGGUGGGGGCGGGGGGAGGAGGUGGUUUGGUGUGGAUGCGGUGAAGAGGGAAGGGGAUGGCGCGGCUGAAGGGAGUUCGUGA